CAACCACGCCACGCGAGCGUGACGCUCCUGCGUGCGGUUGCUCUUUCCCAUCCCGUGCUGUACACGCACUACAUUUAGUGACACCCUCGUCGCUUCCCACUUUUCCACCCUCCCACCUAGAACCGCCUCCACGCCGUGAUCCCCCAGCUAUAUAUCCCCUUCUCCGUCCCCCCAUCCCGCGCCAUCCACACUCUGGUCCAAGGCUGAGAAAACAUGAUCCUCUGAUGACUUCCCCGGACGCCAUGAAGCGAGAAUGUCUGUACGCGUGCAACAGCUGAAUGCCGACAGCACCUUCCUCUUGACCUUCUUUCCUUCCUUUGCCCCCAAGAAACUCUCUCCGCGCCUUCCUGGCGACUUCACCAUCCUCCUCGACCCAUGGCUCCAAGGCCAUGCGUCGAUGCUGCACCCUGCUUUCCAGAUCUCCCAUCACACCUCGACCCCCGCUCUGCACUCUCUCCAACAUCUCCCCCAGUUGCCAGACAUCAUACUCAUCAGCCAGGACAAGCCCGACCACUGCCACCGCGAGACCCUCUGCUCGCUUCCGCGCACCUCUGACACCGCCAUCUUGGCCACGCCCGCUGCUGCCAAACGGAUUCGAUCCUGGGGCCACCUCGAUAAAGAGCAGGUGCACGUCAUUCCCACAUACAAUCCGCUGGAUGAGGAGACGGUGGUGCGGAUUCCUCUACCCUCCUACUCCUCCACCAGCAAGGAUGGCGAGAUCACCAUCACCAACAUCCCCACCAAGCGUGAUGUGGCCGGUCUACACAACGCCAUCUGCAUCACAUAUCAGCCUUCAAGCUCCGUCCUGACCGCAAGCAGACCGCCUCGGCAAUACCCCAACAGCAGCAGCUCCGUCGUAUUGUCCGACGAUGGCAUCCCCGGCUCUCCAGAUUCGCGACAACGAUCGCAUGCCAACCAAGAGCAAGUCCUCAGCAUCAUCUACACUCCCCACGGCGUCUCGCCCUCCACCCUCCGACCCUACAUCUCCAACCACCUCGCACCCCUCGACGCCUUGCCAGUAUCGCUUCUCUUCCACGGCCUCACCACGGCAGAAAACCCGUGGUACAUGGGAGGCCGGGUUGCAAAUGGCGCGCCUGGAGGUGUGCAAAUCGCCGAGCAGUUUGGCGUGCGGCACUGGAUCCGAGCGCACGACGAAGAGAAGAUCAACAAGGGUGUGGCAACGCUCUUGACCAAGAUGCGCCCCUACGGACCUGAGAAAAGAACUUACGGCUGCUAUGUGGGCUGUUUGAGUCUCUGA